AUGCCCGCAAUCGGUGACCAGCAUCGACUUAGACCAGGGGAAAAUCCUGCGAUCUCCGCGAAUCCAUAUUUACAAGAAACUCGACGGACCGAUGAAUAUUCUUCUGAUGAGGUUGCCUCACUGAAAGAACGGCUAAACAAACGAUUGGGCCCAGAAUUUAUCUCAUCCAGGCCUUCGGGAGGAGGGAAGGUACAUUAUAUCACUGCAGAUAAGUGUAUCAACCUUGCGAAUGAACUCUUCGGGUUCAACGGGUGGUCGAGUUCGAUACAGAAUAUAACACAAGAUUUUGAUAUAGGAUAUGGCCACAUAGAAAACUGCAAAGGAAAAGCUGCUGCCUUUGAAAAGGCCAAAAAGGAAGGAACCACAGACGCUUUGAAGCGUACCCUGAGAACAUUCGGUAACGUACUCGGGAACUGCAUAUACGACAAAGAAUACCUCUCUAAAGUGGUAAAAAUCAAAGCAACGCCCGUGAAAUUUGAUGUCGAUAACCUUCACCGUCAUGUGGAUUUUGUUCCUCCGAAGAUACCACCAACAUCAUCUACUUCCAGAAUUGUAAAGCAUGAACCUCAGAAUAAUGGCCAAUCUAGCCUCCCUGCGCGGGUUCCUGAUAUUAUUGCAGAUGAUUCUCUUGCCUUUGAAUUUGAAGGAGAGUUUGGAAGUGAUGUAUUUGAUGAAGCAGACUUUGCAGAGCAUACUUCAUUACACCCGGAUGAGGUGGCUUUGGAAGAGCCCGGCCAUACAGCACGACCUGCUGCACAACAUGGGCCAUCAGCAUCUCGCCAGCCUGCAACGACUGGAAACUUUACGCAUACAAACAAAACGCCAGUCUCAGCUAACGCUAGAAAUACCACAGCCUCUGGCUCAGCCAAUGGUGCUACCCCACUAAACGGCCUAACGGCUGAUAGACCCAAUGGGGCCAAUAUGAAUUCAUCGGAUAGGAAUAAUACAACUGCACCGAAGACCCCAGUCCCGGGCAAAUUCGCACAAGAGAGAUAUAAUGAUCUCAAACAACCCCCGGGAAAGCAGGCUAUGCAGUCAAAUGGUUCCCUGUUUACGCAUCCUGCUGAUCAAAACCGCCCAAAAUCCGAUGCUAUCUCAAAUAAUGAUGGGUACAGGUCCCCCACCGCACAAGUUAGUGAGGACAAGCUACCAGAGGAUCAUGUAGUCGGGUUUUUCUCUGCCCGGGCUGCGGAAGCUUUGAUUAACGACCCUUACACCGCUGCAAAAUCAGCUCCAGCAUUUGAUCCUCAGUUUGAUAGCCCUUCAAUACGCAAAACCGCUGGUAUUGAUCAUACUAGUUCUUCGCCUAUUGUUAGAAAAUCACUCCAAGCCUUACAACAACAAUCCGCGAAGGCCCCUCUCCCAGGUGCUAGACCAGUUGUAUCGACUUUCAGUCAUGGGCCCAAUACGGGACCUGCCGGUAGGCCUCCUAUGACAUCCUCCUACCGGCCCCCAAUGAGACGAUCCAUGGCAGCAGCGAACAAUAGCAGUACAAAUAACCCCUCCAAUAUGCCACCACCCUUGAAAAACAACAAUAACUACGGCAACACUGUUCCUCAACAAAAUGAGCAUGGAAAAAGGCCACCAUUAACAGACACAACAAAUGUUGUGCCUGGGAAUGAGUGGUCAAAGAAUCAGCCGGAUGUGACAAAAAGGACAAGGAUUGAGGACUCCAAUAUUCCCAAAUUAAACCCGCAAGGCUAA